AUGCAAAGAUUAGCAAAGUAUUAUUCAGUAUUUCUAAGAAAAAAACCUAUGGACUCCAUACAUAUAAUAGAAGGUGAAAACUACAAGUCAAAAGAUAAUCCCAUAAUUAAAUUUAAAGAAUAAAAACUAUUCCUUAAGAAAUUCUACUUAAGUUAGCGAUACAAGCGUAAACUAGAGUUAAGAAAAGUGGCUAAAAUCUUCUUAAAACUACUACUUUAGUAAAUUCUAAUAAGAUCAUGUGAUAAAUCCAAACGCUGUUUCUACUUAAUUCAGUAACAGUUCUACAUAAAAAGAUGCUACCUCUCGCAUUUAUGA